UGGAGGCUCAGGCGGUGCAGGAGCUGCUGCAGGAGGCACGGCAGAGUCAGGAGCAGCCCAAUGGGGACUCGGGACCCCCCAUCUCCAUCCCCCUCCAGCUGCCUGACAAGGACAUUGCCACGGGACCACAGCCGACUGCCCAGGACUACGAGGCCGUGCCCGUGGGGCAGUUCGGACUGGCCAUGCUGCGGGGGAUGGGCUGGAGCCAGGGCCAGGGCAUCGGGCGCACCUUCCCCAGGGUCGUGACCCCACUGGAGCACCGGCCACGCCCACGGGGGCUGGGGCUGGGGGCUGAGGCCGCCCCCCCGGGCGCCCCCAAACCCGGGGAGCCCUCCCAGGGGGGCCCGGCCGUGGGGGACCCCGUGCGUGUUGAGGCCGGGCCCCACCGCGGCGUGGAGGGCAAGGUGGAGGCGCUGGACCCUGAGACCGGGCGAGCCCUGGUGCGGCUCCAGCUUGGGGGGCAGGUGGUGGCUGUGAACCAGCACGGGCUGAGCCCUGUCAGCACUGGUGCCUGUGGCCGUCCCCCCCAGAAGGGGUCGGAGGAACAGGGCGGGGAGCCCCCGCGGGGAGGGCCCAAGCGGAAGGAGCCCCCCGAGAACGAGAGGGCUGGGAAGCAGCCGCGAGGGGCCCCCCCCGCGCCCCCCCACUGGCUGCGCCGGGACCUGCGGGUGCGCUGCGUGGACCGGGCCUUCCGCGGGGGCCGCUUCUACAACUGCAAGAUGCAGAUCGAGGACCUGCUGGCUCCCGACACCUGCGUGUGCCGCACGGACGACGGGCGCCUGGUAGAGGGCCUGCGCGAGGCCUCUCUGGAGACCGUGGUGCCCCGGGGCAGCUCUGACCGCGUCAUGGUGGUGCUGGGGGAGCACAAAGGGAAGGUGGGGCGGAUCCUGGAGCGGGAGCCGGAGCGCGGGCGGGCGCUGGUGCGGCUGGGGCGGGGUGCGGCCCCGCAGGUGCUGCCGCUGCCCUACGACUCCAUCUGCCAUUACCUGGGGGGCAGCGACGACGACUGAGACCCCCCCAAAACCUCCCACCAGCUUCCAGCAUGGCGGCCGCGGCUUCAGGGGAAUAAAACCUGUCCG